UGAGCAACGCGUACAUCAAGUCGCUCGGACUGCGGGCUCUCGUGUAGAAGUGUGGAAUAAAAAAGAAAUAAUAUAGAAAUAAAGUUUUCAUUGUGUUUCUCAUGCGUGCGUGUGUGUAAAAAAGAGCGACCGAGAGAAAACAUGGCGAGUGUUUUAAUAACGCAAAUUCGAUUGCACUUUCUAUAAUUCCCAAAAAAUUAUUUUCUGUUCGUAAUGCGGUCCAAGUGUUUGCGCUCAAUGUGAAUGCUUGUUUUUUUUUCUCACAAUAUUUCCUUCCUUUUCUUCGCGCCAGUCAACAAAAAAAUUAAUGAAAAAUUCUCUUCUUAUUCAACACAAAUUGUCCACACAAAUAAAACAAAAUAUCUAAUUUGUAUAUAUUAAAGUCAACAAUCUCGAUGUUACACAAGGCCCGGACCAAUCAUAUAUUUGGUCAAGCAAAGCGUAAUAUUUUUGUACAGCAAAUAAAGUCGGGAGAAGGCGAAUUGGAAAAGUCAACAAAUGCAAGAGAAAUAAGAUAAAGAGCUUGCAAACGAGCCGAGAGCUUAACACCGAGAGAGCUAGAGAGUAACAUAUAUAGAGGUAGACCGAAAGAGAGAGCGAGAGUAGUAGAGAGAGAGAGAGAGAGCACCAGAGGAUCGUUUUAUCAAUUCGCAUGCGCCAAUGAAAACGUCGCAUCCUUCGCACGCGUCCGAUUUCGUCAUCGACUACGCCGUCGUUGCCGGUUCCGGUUCCGGUUCAGCUGCAACAGAACAAGAGCACAUUUAUAGGCCACGUCUCAGCACCUAUGCAGCAUCAGCAGCAGCAGCAGCAGCAGCAUCAACACCAGCACCAGUAGUCCCUGCGCAUGGGCUGGACGUAAAGCCAACCGUCGAACAGAUCAGCAUUGGCAUCAGCUGCGAUCUGAAGCCCAUUGUCUAUCUCGACGCGGAGACACGGCAGCCGCGACAGCGCAGCGUCAUCAUCAAGCAGCACUCACAGCAUAAUCAACACCAGCAACAAUCUCAUCAUCAUCAUCAGCAGCAGCAGCAACAUCAUUAUCAACAGCAGCAGCAGCAGCAGCAGCAGCAGAAAACGUUGUCCAAGUCAACAGCAGCGGUCAACAGCAAGCGAAAGCGCGAAACAGAUUGCGAUUGCGGCUGCGUGGACUCGUACAACGGCCAGGCGCAGGCAGCGGCAGUAGCAGCAGCAGCAGCAGCGGCAGCGGCUCACAACAAUAGCAGCAGCAGCAGUAGCGGCGGCAGCGGCAGCGGCAGUGGUGUCAACGGUAACGGCAACGGCAACAGCGGUGGCAGCAGCAGCCUCAAGACGGCGCACGCAAAGGUUGCCACAUCGGGGGGGCAUGCCAACACGCAGCCCCCCAGCAAGCGCUCCAGCAGCGGCGCCGAUGGCGACUAUCAACUGGUGCAGCACGAGGUGCUCUACUCGCUGUCAGCGGAGUAUGAGGUCCUGGAGUUUCUGGGCCGCGGCACCUUUGGCCAGGUGGUCAAGUGCUGGAAGCGCGGCACUUCCGAAAUCGUCGCUAUCAAAAUCUUAAAGAAUCAUCCGUCGUACGCGCGCCAGGGCCAGAUCGAGGUCUCGAUACUGUCGCGCCUCAGCCAGGAGAACGCGGAUGAGUUCAACUUUGUGCGCGCCUUCGAGUGCUUUCAGCAUAAGAAUCACACCUGCCUGGUCUUCGAGAUGCUCGAGCAGAAUCUCUAUGAUUUUCUCAAGCAGAACAAGUUCUCGCCGCUGCCGUUGAAGUACAUACGACCCAUACUGGAGCAGGUGUUGACUGCCCUGUUGAAGUUGAAGCAAUUGGGCCUGAUUCACGCCGAUUUGAAGCCGGAGAACAUAAUGCUCGUGGAUCCAGUGCGUCAGCCGUAUCGCGUAAAGGUCAUUGACUUCGGGAGCGCCUCGCAUGUGAGCAAGACCGUCUGCAACACGUACUUGCAGUCGCGCUAUUAUCGGGCGCCAGAGAUUAUCUUGGGCCUGCCGUUCUGCGAGGCCAUCGAUAUGUGGUCGCUGGGCUGCGUGGUGGCCGAGCUCUUCCUGGGCUGGCCUCUGUAUCCGGGCAGCUCUGAGUUUGACCAGAUCCGCUAUAUAUCGCAAACACAGGGCCUGCCCACGGAGCACAUGCUGAACAGCGCCUCGAAGACAUCGAAGUUCUUCUAUCGGGACGUCGACUCCACGUAUCCGUUCUGGCGCUUGAAGACCACCGAGGAGCACGAGGCGGAGACGAACACGAAGAGCAAGGAGGCGCGCAAAUACAUCUUCAACUGCCUGGACGACAUCGGGCAGGUGAACGUGCCCACGGACCUGGAGGGCGGGCAGCUGCUGGCCGAGAAGACGGACCGGCGCGAGUUCAUAGAUCUGCUCAAGCGCAUGCUCACCAUUGACCAGGAGCGACGCCUCACACCGGCGGAGGCGCUGAACCACAGCUUCACCCGGCUCACCCACCUGGUCGACUACGUCUACUGCAACAAUGUGAAGGCCUCGGUGCAAAUGAUGGAGGUGUGCCGGCGAGGCGAUUUCCAUACCGUACAACCUGCGCCCACGCUGGUGACCAACUUUGUGCCCAGCAGCACGGAGAACAUGACCUUCACCAUCAACAACCAGCUGACCAGCCAGGUGCAGCGCCUGGUGCGCGAUGGCCGCCCGCUGGCCUACGAGGGCCUCUACCAGAUCUAUGGCGGCCGCAACGUGGCCCGGCAGUACCCGCAGGCGCGCACCGACACGUUCCAGCACCAGCUGGUGUCGAACAUACUCUGUCCGCCCUCGUACCAGGCCAUGCCCAGUCCCACCAAGCACGUCGUUGUGGGCAGCGCCACGAUGCAGCCGCCGCUGCAGGUGCCGCCGCAGCAGUAUGUGAACGUGCCCGUGCCCGUGUCCAUGGUGGAGCCCAGCUCUGGGCAGCGCAUGCUGCUCACCAACCGGGUGCAGGCCAGUGGCGUUGCCUGGCCGCAGACCGGGCGGCAGAUGGCGCUGGUGCCCUCCUGGCCGCAGCAGGCGCCGGCGCAUUCGCUGAUCGUCGACUCGACGUCGCUCUUCAAUGUGGAGGAGAUCUAUCCCAAGCACCAUCUCAACUUGCCGCGCAACGAUCUCAAGAAGGAGUCGCCGGCUCAUCAUCUAGCCAAGGGCAGCUCGUAUCGUGUGCCGCGUCACGAGAAGAAGGAGCAUCAGCAGCUGUCGCCAGUGAAGAAGCGCGUCAAGGAGAGCUCGCCGCCGCAUCAGCAGCGCUACCAGCGCGCCGCCCACGUUUCGCCGCAGUACCACGCCCACCACAACUGCAACUAUGGCGGCGGGGGAGGAGGCUAUGGCGCAGGCGCCGCUGGCACCGUCGCCGCCAGCUCCGCCUCAUCAGCGAGCAACAUCAUCAAUGCCAGUGGCAGCAGCUCGUCGAGCUCGCACCACCAUGCGCCGGCGGCCCACGCCCCGCACGGCAGCAGCAGCAGCAGCAGCGCCUACAACAGCGCCAGCCACCACAUUGUGGUGAGCAAUUGCAGUGGCAAUGGCGGUGGCUCGGCUGUCAGCUACCACGGCAGCAGCCAGCCGCCGCUGCACGCGCACCAGCAGCCGCACGUGAAGCAGCCCACCAUCACCAUCCACGACACGCCCUCGCCGACAGCCGUCGUGGGCGACGUGAUCACCAUAUCGGACAGCGAGGACGAGGGCGCCGAUGCAGCCGUGCAGCCAGUCAAGCAGCGCGCGCAUGCGCAGUCGCAGACGAGCAGCAGCCUGAUGCACCAGCAGCAGCAGCAGCAGCAGCAACAUCCGCAUCAGCAACAUCAGCAGCAGCAUCAACAGCAGCAGCACUCGACGAGCAAUUCGCAUUGCCGCAGCAGUGGCGGACAGCCGUUGCACGUGCAACACCAGGCCGUUAAUUAUGGUAAUGCUCAACACAGUUCCAUGUCCAACCCGAACAGCUCCGCGAAUGCCAAUGCCAAUGCCAGCAGCAGCAGCAGCAGCAGUGGUCAGCGAUUGGCCAGCAAAUGUGGCGGCCAGCUGGGCGGCAGUAGCGGAGCUAAUCAUCAUAGCCAUCAUAGCCAUCACAGUAGUCACCACAACAGCAACAGCCAGCAGCAGCAGCAGCAACAGCAGCAGCAGCUACAGCAGCAGCAGCAACAAUUGCAUCAGCAACAGCAGCAACAGGCUUGCUAUCAGUCAAGCUCCCACAGUAAUGGCAACGGCAGCAACAGCAACAACAACAAUAGCAACAACAACAGUCAUCACACCACUUCCAAUUCUGCUUCCACUUCCAACCAACAACAACCUCAACCACCUCAACCACUACACCACCAUAACCAUCAUGGUCUACAGCUCCCCCCCGCACCCAUUUCCAUGAAUAGCACCACAAUACACUCUUCCUCCGCCUCCUCCACGUCUGUUAACCUCUGUCCAAAUCCAGUAGCUGCUGUCCCUGACAUUCCCUCCUCCUCUGGCCCUGCCACGUCUCAGUCGCAUCUCAGUCGUCAUAAGCCAACGCAACAACAGCACGUCCAUCUAGUAAUUCCAUGCGUUACCGUAGGUGAUCACGAUCCGGAGGAUGCGCGACGACGUCACCACGCGGCAGCCGCCGCCGCUCUCUCCGCACCCACUGGCAGCAGUCCCAAGCAUCAUCAUCAUCAGCAGCAGCCACAGCAGCAACAACAGCAGCAGCAGCAGCAGCAGCAACAGCAGCCCAGCAUCAAGUACGAGCCGGGACAGUCGCAAAAGAAGCGCAUUCUGGCCAUGGCGCAGAGCGAGUGCAACUAUCAGCCGCAGCAGCCGCCGCAGGUGCAGAUACAAGUGCAACAGCAGCAGCAGCAACAACAACAACAACAACAGCAGCAGCAGCCACCGCCUGUGGCCAGCCUGCCGCAUAUUCCAACCAAGCAGGAGCCAGCGGAGUUCUAUCCGGACUACCCGCCGCAGCAACCGCAGCAGCUGCAGCUGGAGACGAAGCGCAGCUCUUGGGCAGCUGGUUCGAGCACGGGAGCGAUGCCCCUGGCACAUCCGAAGCGCGAGGCGCCGUCUGUGGCGCCCGUCAACUAUGUGGCACCCACUGUCGCGCCACCGCUGGCACACUCGAAGAGCAGCUCGAGCAGCUCCUCGUCGAUCAGCGCUGCGGCUGCUGCAGCCGCGGCAGCCGCUGCCGCAGCGGCCAGUGUGGGUCCGCCGUCGUGGGGCCCGCCCCAAGUCUACCGGCAGCCAUCGCAGCCACCGCCAGCAUCGGCCUCGGCGGGUGGUAGUGGUGGCGGUGGUGGCAGUGGCAGUGGAGGCGGUGUUGCCACACAGCCGCCCGCUGGGCCGCCGCAUCAUCAUCACAGCAGCCACAGUCAUCAUCAUCACCACCAGGCGGGCACGCCGCUGGGCGGCUCACCGUCGUCGACAGCCGCCGCAGCCAUGUUGCAGACGGACAUUUACGCGCAGGGCGACAUGUACCGCAGGCCCACCGUCUAUGUGUCCCAGGCAGCGCCCACUUAUGCGUACUCGAAUCGAGCGGUGGUCGCUCCACCACCGGCCCACAACAGCUCCAGUCGACAGGUCUUACCAUCCCAUCCAUUGCCGGCUCACAUUCAAAUCCCGUCGCAGUAUAGCCAAUUCGGACCAUUGAGUCCUGCCCAGGUAGCCGCCAGCAAGCAUGCGGCGCACUUUGCGCCCACCAACAUAUGGUAUGGUGCUGAGUAGCUUCCUGAUGUAGGGUGCACGAGGGUUGACGCGAGGAUGCCAGAGGCCACCACUGACAACAACAGCAACUACAACUACAACUACAACAAGCACACAGCUUCCUUUCCUAACUAACCACACACAGAGCGUAGAACUUGUUUCUUGAUUGAUUGAUUGAUUGAUUGAUGCUCGAAUCUUUUAUGGCCUCGGCUGACGGCGACGACAACAACAACCACGAUAGCGACAGCAACAACAACAACAACUUUGAUGAGCUGCAGGAAUUGCAGAAGUUGCAGCUGACGCAAUGCUGGUGGUUUAUGAUGCUCAUGCAGCAGAGCAUCAUACAGUA